AUGCAUUCGCACUGUCUUAUCUCGAGAUAGUGAAGGCCCUACAUGGGGCUUAUCUCUAUCUGCAAUUGAGUGCACCUUGUUCUAUCAUGGCGAGCAACACUGAAGAAGUUGGAGGAUAGAACGGGGAAUUUUUCCCUUCUCAAAGUCCACAAUGGUGAAGCCCGGGACUCAACUGCUUCACGUGUCUCUCCUCGUCUUUUUCGCAUCACUCAUGUUCAUCGUUGUGGGUGUGGGGUCCAUCUUCUUUGCCGGGCAUGAUGGAAAGUCCAUGUCUCCAGCUCUCAAGUUUGGAAUCUUCAUGACUGUCUUUGGUGGGGUUGGAUUUUUGACUGCCUGUGCCUUCUUCCUCUUCCGCAUCUGUAUCCUAAAACGUGGAUUGUCCUCCACUCAGAUGAGCCGGCGAUUGAGCGACACUUCCGGGGUGACGAUCGCAUCUGGGGAUGAAGUCGACUUCGACGACGGCGAGGUUGUAACCGUGGACUGGACGACGGCCGUCGCACCCGACCCGCCGCCUUCCUACGAGGACGUGAUGAAACGAGAGCGAGGACGUCCGAGUCCGUCACCUUCCCCUCCUCCGGUGCCCAGUGAUACGGGUCCCGUCUUCACCAUCCACUCCUGGGUCCACCCGCAACACGGUGACACCGACACCGGCAAGAGAGAAGAGGAUUUUCAACACGUCAAUAUGGAGGCGAAUUUUUCUCCCGAUUCGAACGCCUACGCGUACCAGCCGUUGUGAAACUGGCUCGUGUGUACCGGCGGCUCCGUGAAAUCGACUCUUCUGCCUGCUCCAUCCGGAGCACUUUCGUGUCGAUUACAGUUUUUUUGUUCUUAAGGGUUUUGAAAAACGUGAAGUCGCCGACAUCUGCCUCGUAGAAAUGAGAGCAUCCGGCCGGCACGACUUCGAUCGGCAGAACCGUUUCAUGAUAUACUAGCCCGUCGAGUCAGUCUUCAACAACUGCUCGAGCCAAAUUAUAUCGCUCCAUCGGUCCUUUCCAAGUGGGACAUGGCAAGUUUUAUAAAUAUUAACAAAUAUGCGAAUGAUAAUACCGAUCCACUACCUCAUAUCUUGAAAACUAUUAUAUGCUCUUGCCCCGCAACAGUUUCUUUUGAAGAAUGCACUUUUGAAAAAUAGUGCUGUUUCUGACGGUACACAUCCCAGCUGCGCUGUCGGAAGUGUCCGUCUCUAAAUCAGUUCUGUGAAGCAUAGGCACCUUGCGCGAGUUCCUUCGCAAUUCAUAUUCGACGAGAGUUGGAGGAAAAUAAAU